CCCUUCACAAACUCCCAAAUGGAUGAGGGCACUGCAAUGAGCACACAUUUUCGCACACAGGGACACAUCGCUAUGGAAGUGCACUAAAUGAAAACUAGUUUUUUCUGUCAUGUUGCGCGUGGCAGUCGAAUCUGCGGCGGGUCUGCCCAAAAAGAAAUUAGGCAGUCCAGACCCCAUCGCAUCUGUGGUGUUUAAAGACGAAAAGAAGAAAACCAAGUCCGUUAGCAGUGAAUUAAACCCAGUGUGGAAUGAGACGCUUGAGUUUGAUUUAAAAGGUGUUCCUCUUGAUUCUUCCUCCUACAUUGAAGUGGUUGUGAAAGACUACGAAACUCUUGGCAAGGACAAGUUAAUUGGCUCUGCAAAUGUUUCUUUAAAAGACCUUGCCAGUAGCCAAGUUAAGUCUCUCCCAGUGAAAAACUUGGCUCUAGUGGACGAAAAUGGCAAGAGUAUAGGAGCAACCAUCAGCAUGACGAUUGGCUACGAGCCACCUGCCGGUGCCGUGACAAACCCACAGGAUCAACAGGAUGGUGGAAACACAGCGGUGGGUGAAGAGGGCGAUGUCACUGAUGGUGGGGGACAGGGUGCAGUCACAUCUCCUGGUGAGCCCGGCCAGAAAAUUCGGUCUAGGAACAGAAAACACCUAUUGGCUAAUAAACCUCAGGACUUUCAGAUCCGUGUGCGGGUGAUUGAGGGACGUCAGUUGCCUGGAAAUAACAUCAAACCUGUGGUCAAAGUGCAUGUGUGUGCAGACACACACAGGACUAGGAUCCGGAAAGGAAAUAACCCAUACUUUGAUGAGAUAUUCUUUUUUAACGUCAACAUGUUGCCCUCUGAACUGUUUGAUGAGGUUGUAAGCUUCCGGGUGUAUAACUCCAAUUCUUUCAGAGCAGACUGUCUCAUGGGUGAAUUCAAGCUUGAUAUUGGUUACAUCUAUGAUGAAUCAGCUCACUGUAUUAUGAAGAAAUGGAUUCUCCUGAAUGACCCAGAUGACUCGAGCUCAGGAGCGAAGGGUUAUCUCAAAGUCAGCAUGUUUGUGCUGGGAGCGGGUGAUGAACCGCCGGUGGAAAGGAAGGAGCAGGACAAUGACAAAGAUGAUGUGGAGAGUAACUUGCUGCUGCCCACUGGUGUCGCUCUUCGAUGGGUUACUCUUAAACUCAAAGUGUUUCGGGCUGAGGACAUUCCCCAGAUGGAUGAUUCCAUCACCCAGACUUUGAAAGAGGCAUUUGGAGGUCAAGAAAACAAGAAAAAUCUAGUGGAUCCAUUUAUUGAAGCCUGGUUUGCUGGCAAAAAGCUCUGUACACAAAUAAUUGAGAAAAACGCAAACCCAGAGUGGAACCAACAACUCAACCUACAGGUCAAGUUCCCGUCCAUGUGUGAAAGAAUCAAGCUGACUGUAUUUGACUGGGAUCGCCUCAGUGGGAAUGAUGCCAUAGGCACCACGUAUCUGGAUCUGACCAAAAUAGCAUCCUCUGGUGGUGAAAUUGAAGAGGAUCAUGCAGGAGAUGAGAUUUCAACAUAUAAAGGAGAGACUGGGAAUUCCGAGAUGGGCUUCCUGCCUACUUUUGGUCCUUGCUAUAUAAAUCUGUAUGGCAGCCCAAGAGAGUUCUCAGCCUUAUCUGACCCUUAUGAAGACCUUAAUUUAGGCAAGGUUGAAGGGGCAGCGUACCGAGGGAGAAUUCUUGUUGAACUCUCCACUAAACUUGAUGGGAAGGCGGACAAGUCUGUGGAAGAAAUACCAAGCGAUGAUAUCUUAGUUGUUCAGAAAUACCAGCGCAGAAGGAAGUAUUGUCUGUGUGCAGUUUUUCAUAGUGCAACUAUGAUCCAAGAGCCAGGGGAGCCCAUUCAGUUUGAAGUUAGCAUUGGCAACUAUGGCAACAAGAUGGACCUAACAUGCAAACCUCUGGCUUCCACCACGCAAUACAGCUGUGUUGUUUUUGAUGGUAAUAAUUACUACUACCUGCCCUGGGCCGACACUAAGCCUGUGAUUUCCAUCACAUCCUUUUGGGAGGAUAUCAGUCACCGGUUAGACUCCCUGAACAUCAUUCUGUAUAUAUGUAACCAUUUGCAAACAAACCUCAGUGCGUUAAAAUCUGCAAUACAGUCCAAAGCUGCAGAUGCAAGGCUAGUAGAAAUCUGGCUGAAGCUCAUCAAUCAGUUAAUAGAAGAUAUCAGCAGUUUCAGAAUUCCUGACCUGGAGGGGAAGUCCAAUCUCACAGCCCUGGAUAUUCAGCAAAAGAUGUUACGGGACCGUGUUCUGGAGAACAUCAUGAAGGGAGCAAAACACUUGUUUGAGGAAGCCACAGAUGUUAAUAAGUGCUUGAGCGUCAUUGAAGGCUGGCUGGACAAACUCAAGCAACUCGCUGAAGAGCCUCAGAACAGCAUGCCUGAUGUGAUUAUCUGGAUGUUGAGAGGAGAGAAGAGGGUAGCAUACACACGCAUCCCAGCCCAUCAAGUGCUCUAUUCAUCUUACAGUGAGCAGGCAUGUGGUCAAUACUGCGGGAAGACCCAGACUGUCUUUAUGAAGUAUCCCAUGGACGAUACAAAAGGUUUGAAAAUUCCCGUCCAGUUACGUGUGAACAUGUGGCUUGGGCUGGCAACAGAAGAGAAGAAGUUCAAUCAUUAUGCAGAGGGAAUUUUCAAUGUAUUUGCAGAACUGUAUGAGAACCAGGCUCACGUUCUAGGGAAAUGGGGCACCACCGGUCUGCUGAAUCGUAGCAAGUUUUCUGAUGUCACAGGCAAAGUGAAGCUGAAGCAGGAGUAUUUUUUGCCCCCAGUUGGCUGGGAGUGGGAAGGUGAAUGGAGGGUUGAUCCAGAGAAAACUCUGCUGACUGAGGCUGAUGCAGGACACACGGAGUUUGUGGAUGAGGUCUAUGAGAACGAGACUCGAUUACCAGGAGGAGAAUGGAAACUUGCGGCAGAGCCUUACACUGAUGUGAAUGGAGAAAAGGUUCAGGGCCCUACAGAGAUUGAAUGCCCACCUGGAUGGAAGUGGGAGGAUAACUGGGCUUUUGAUGACAACCGAGCUGUCGAUGAAAAGGGUUGGGAAUAUGGCGUCACUAUUCCACCUGAUGAUAAGCCCAAAUCCUGGGUGGCAGCUGAGAAGAUGUACCAUGUUCAUCGUCGCAGAAGAAUGAUCCGACCUCGCAAAAGGAUUCCUGGUGCCAAAACGGCUGCUGAUAAGAAGGAUAUAGGAGAUGCAGAGGGAUGGGAAUACUCCUCACUCAUUGGCUGGAAGUUCCACAGGCAGCAGAGAUCAUCUGACACGUUCCGUCGGCGACGCUGGAGGAGGAAGAUGACACCUGCUGAUCGGGUUGGAGCCUCGGCUAUUUUCAAACUGGAAGGAGCUCUGGGAGUUGACAUGGAAUCUAAAGGUGAUGAAAAAGGCACUAAAGCAGAAGCUUCCGUUAAGCAGUUUGGAGCCAACACACCGACUGUAUCAUGCACAUUUGACCAAUCCAAUGCAUACCACUUGAGAGUCUAUGUUUACCAGGCCAGAGGCCUUGCUGCUCUGGACAAAGACAGCUUCUCAGAUCCAUAUGUCCAUGUGUCGUUCUUGCAUCACAGCCAAACAACAGAGACAAUUCGAAGUACCUUGCACCCGACAUGGGAUCAGACUCUUAUUUUUAAAAAUGUGGAAAUCGGUGGCGAUCCCCAGUCUGUCGCCCAGAAUCCACCCAACGUGGUUAUGGAAAUCUUUGACAGUGAUCAAGUGGGUAAAGAUGAAAUGCUUGGCAGAAGUACAUGUGUACCUAUGGUAAAGUUGACUUCAGGCAUGGAUGCAUCUCCUAAACUCCUCUGGGAGCCUGUAACACACAAAAAUUGUCCUUCUGGGGAGAUUCUGGUGGCUGCAGAGCUCAUUCUGAAGACCAAGGGAAAUGACACUGAACUUCCCCUUAUUCCCCCCAAACGAGGAGAGAAACUCUAUAUGGUUCCUCAAGGGGUGCGACCUGUGGUGCAACUCACUGCCAUAGAGGUUCUAGCAUGGGGAUUGCGUAACAUGAAGACGUAUCAGCUGGCUCCUGUGACGUCACCCAGUCUGGUGGUGGAGUGCGGAGGAGAGAGAGUUCAGACAGCUGUUAUCAAAAACAUGAAGAAGUGCCCUAAUUUUCCAGGAAAUGUCCUCUUAUUAAAAGUGCUUCUACCCAAAGAAGAGAUGUAUACUCCCCCUAUAGUUCUUAAAAUCAUCGACCACAGACCCUUUGGACGGAAACCUGUGGUGGGUCAGUGCACCAUCAGUUUCCUGGAAGAGUUUCGAUGUGACCCUUAUGCCACAGUUGCAGAAGUGGCCAUGUCUUCAAAAGUGGCUUUGAUGGCAGCUUCUCCUAGAGACCUCCAUGUAAACAUAGAUGAUGGCAGACAGCAACUUCUAGAAGCUCAGUAUUUUUAUGGCAUCUCAGCUGCUGUUGACAAAAUGGCCACUGCUAGUCACGUUCAACGUGAGAAGGAGAAAGAGACUGUUGAUUGGUGGAGUAAGUUUUAUGCUUCUGUUGGACAGAGUGAGAAAUGCCGCCCAUACCUUGACAAAGGUUAUGACACAUUGGAGGUAUAUGACCAUGAGCUGGAAAGUGUAAAAGAGUUCAUGGGUCUUACUGAUUUCUGCAGCACCUUCAAAUUGCAGCGUGGUAAAAAUGAAAGUGACGAUGAUGACCCUGCUGUAGUUGGAGAAUUCAAGGGCUCCUUUAAGGUGUACCCAUUGCCAGAUGACCCAGGGGUGCCCCCUCCGCCACAACAGUUCAGAGAGCUGCCCGACAGUGUCCCUCAGGAGUGCGUGGUCAGAAUCUAUGUGGUUCAAGCCGUUGACCUGCAACCCAAAGACAACAAUGGCAAAUGUGACCCAUAUGUCAAAAUCUCUUUGGGGAAAAAGUCUAUUGAUGACAGGGACAACUAUGUACCAUACACACUUAACCCAGUGUUUGGAAGAAUGUUUGAACUGACAUGCUUCCUCCCACAAGACAAAGACCUGAAAAUUGCCGUCUAUGACUUUGAUUUGCUCAGCCGUGAUGAGAAAGUUGGGGAGACGGUGAUUGACUUGGAGAACCGUCUUCUUUCUCGCUUUGGUUCCUACUGUGGUUUAGCCCAGACAUAUUGCAUUUCUGGACCAAACCAGUGGCGUGAUCAACUCCAUCCAUCUAAGAUUCUUGAACAGCUUGCCCGAUGGAAAGGAUUGAGUCCACCCAGGAGCGAAGACAAUGGAAACACGUUAUCCUUUGGUGGCCGAUUGUACUACCUCUCUGAUUUUGAAGCAAACAAGGAAAUUCACGAACACCUGGGUCCUCCAAGUGAACGGAUUGCUCUGCACGUCCUCAGAACUCAAGGCCUGGUUCCAGAGCAUGUUGAAACCAGAACUCUUUACAGUAGCUUCCAACCGACUCUCCCACAGGGAAAACUCCAGAUGUGGGUAGAUAUUUUCCCAAAAAGUCUUGGGCCUCCUGGAACUCCUUUUGACAUAGCUCCACGCAAAGCAAAAAAGUAUUUUCUGCGUGUCAUUGUUUGGAACACGUCUGACGUAGUUUUGGAUGAAACCAGCAUUACUAAUGAAAAUAUGAGUGACAUCUAUGUAAAAGGUUGGAUGCCAGGUAUGGAAGAAGAUAAGCAAAAAACAGACGUCCAUUACCGAUCUUUGGAUGGCGAUGGCAAUUUCAACUGGAGAUUUGUCUUUGGAUUUGAAUACUUGCCUGCAGAGCAGCUGUGUCUUGUAUCUAAAAAGGAACAUUUCUGGAGCCUUGACAAAUCAGAGUUUAGAAUCCCCCCCAAGCUGAUUGUUCAAAUAUGGGAUAAUGACAAAUUCUCUCUGGAUGAUUACCUAGGUGCUAUUGAACUUGAUAUGCACCACCUCAUCAACCCUUCCAAAACACCGGAGAAAUGUAGCCUUAGCAUGGUCCCGGAUGGAACCACACCUCCAAAGUCAGGCCAAUUUAAGUCUCUCUUUGACCAGAAGUCAGUUAGAGGAUGGUGGCCAUGCUACAUGGAUAAAGAUGGGAAGAGGGAACUCGGUGGAAAGGUUGAGUUGACUUUGGAGAUUGUGAAUGAGAAGGAAGCGGAUGAGAGACCUGCUGGAAAAGGCAGAGAUGAGCCAAAUAUGAAUCCAAAACUGGAUCAUCCCAAGCGACCUGAAACCUCGUUCUUUUGGUUCACAAAUCCAUGCAAGACGUGCAAGUUCAUAGUGUGGCGAAGAUUUAAGUGGCUGUUCAUUGGCCUGGUUUUGCUAAUCUUAGUGUUGUUAUUCAUUGGGAUCUUGUUGUAUUCAUUACCGAACUACAUUUCCAUGAAAAUCGUCAAACCCUUCAAUUAAGUUCAGGAGGAGUUCAACUUUUUGUCAUUUUAUCAGUGUAGUUGGUAUGAUCUAGGUUUCACUCAGUGAAACAAUUAACAGAAAUGGUUAAUUUUCUUAAUGACACACACCAUCAAUACAGUGUUCAUUUUGUUGUGCUUUUUCAUUUUUCAUGUGGUUAAGUAUUUACCUUUAAUCAGUUUCUGCACCAAUAUUAAAUUGAAUUAUGAAUUUGCACUUUUUGGGUUCAGGUUUCACUGAUAUUUAGAAACAUUUGUGCACGUAAAGUGUUUUCUAUUGUGAAAAAAAUAUAUAUUUUAUUGUAUUAUAACCUCUGAUCAUUUUAAAGCUGAUUGAUUAAAAAAUGUUGUUAAAUAAAGA